UUCCCUGUUAGUUUUAGAAACAAAGAAAAAAACACUAUUACUAAUUAUUUCACAAUUAUGAAAUACUUACAACUAAUUAAUAAUGCCGAAGUGAUAUUUUAUUGAAAGUGCUUACUUGUUCAGUAUUAAUUUGAGGGAAUUAUUCAACUAUUUUUGUAAUUAGUGGGAAGUGUAAAAUAGAGCAUAUAAAAAGGGCAAACUUCUGAACCUGAGUAUAUAGAGGUUUAGGUUGUAUGCUCAGAAGGUGAAAGAAUAAAAUCUAAGGGGACUCAUUAUACAGUACAAACAUUUUCAAGAAUGUUUUUAAUUUUGUUGCUAUCUCUAGUGAGUUAUGCUUGCACACUUGAAGUUGCUGUAUAUCGUACCUCUGCUGUUGACCAAAUUGCAUAUGUUGGCUUAAAUUCUGGAAUUUGUUCGAAAAUUGGUGCUUCUGUUCACCUGGAAUCAAGUAAAGGCGUGACGUGUGAAUGUCCUUCUAAUAAAACCUUUUACAGUAAAAGUAUAAGUGACAGUCCAUCGUGUCGUAGUGACGACGGUGCUGAUUUAGGUUGCCCAAUUUGUACCGGGGAUUGCCUGCACAUCCUAGAUAGUUCGUUGACGCUCUCCAGAGUAAGCACAGGAAACCAUUAUGCAUGCUCAAAGACGUAUGGAGGCUACACAAUCAAAAGAUGGAACGGUAAAAGUUGGGUUCAAUUCUCUCGAACUGAUGAUUUUACAGUUUCAUAUACAACAUCAGAAGGCAAAACUUAUGUAGAUUUUGAGUGGAAUGAUGAAAAUUCGUAUUUACUGUAUACUGGACUAUUUCUUAUAACACCUUAUUGUGGAAAUAAACCACUUUCUUGCUUCUUGGCAAAAGCUAUCGGAUUGGAAGCAUAUACGACAAUAGAUGCAAAUAACAAUGAAAGUAAAAAAUCAAAAACAGCGGUAUCCGCAAGUGUUUCAACCGUUAUCAUAUUUCUAUUAUUCCUGUUUGUUUAUCUUUACUACAAACGGGGAUAUCUCAAAACAAAAAUACAAGCACUAAGAAGAAAUCAACAAAAUAAAAUUGAGAAAAAAGUGGAGGUGCCAAUAGCACCGGUAGUUAAUCCCGCUUUUGUUCUGUCCGCAUCCGAAUCACAGGUGAUAAAGCCACCAGCUCAUACGUCAUAUAAUAAUGGGGGGUCGCACGCAACUUUAAGUCCUGGUCCUGCGACGUCUCCACCAAUUUUAACUAACGUAAGUGUCACACAACAUCCACAACCAAACCAUUCACAGCCGCCAGUUCAUCAUCCUGUGACACAGACGCUACAGCAAUCUAUUACGCCGACAAGUAACACACAAGUUCAAUCAAAGACAAACCUAGGAACGCAAAACAAAUUAUUGUCUAGUGUUGUUAGUUGAGUAACAAGUGGUUUUGUUGAUUCUUUCAGUGAGGAGUAAACAGUUUAUGAUAUGGAUUGACUUAUGUUAUUAUCAAACAUGUGAGCAUUCUACUCAUCAUAUAGUUCUAUGGCCCUUUGCUACAUUACAAUGCACAAUAGAAGAGUUAACAGAAUUGAAAAUCAUACAGAGUAAGGUUAUCAAAUUGAAAUGAUUAGGAACUUUUCUAAAUUUAUUAUAUAAAGUUUGUAAAUUAUAAAGAAAAUUAGGAACCUUUUUUAAAAUUGUAAAGCUUCUUUUUAUGUGUUUUGUUAAGUACAUAACAUUUUUUAAUUUUUUUUCUAACAAAUAUAUUUUUAUU